AGGAGCUGAGGACAGGCACCAGGGAGGGCAAAUCCCCACGGCAGAACCUUGUGGAAGAGGCCAUUUGCAGUGGCUCCACAGCACAGGAAUCCCACGGGGAGGAAAAGCUGCAGAGAUCCCUCAGGAGGAGGGGCUGCAAACGCGGAUUGAGGGGAUCUGAAGAGGAAAGACCCGGCCUGGGCCGGGCAGGCGGCCGGAGAUCGAGCCAGGGCUCGGACAUGGUUGUCCGUGAGCAGCUUCAUGAUGGGGAGAAGCGCCACAAGUGCUUGGAGUGUGGGAUGAACUUCAGAUGGAGGUCCAGCCUGAUCUACCACCAGAUGAUCCACACUGGGGAGAGACCCUACGAGUGUUCUGAGUGUGGGAAGAGAUUUAGACUCAGUUCCCAACUAAUCCGACACCAGAUGAUCCAUACUGGGAAACUACCCUAUGAGUGUGGGGAGUGUGGGAAGGGAUUCACAGUCAGAUGGAGCCUGAUCCGCCACCAGAUGAUCCACACUGGGGAGAGGCCCUGCGAGUGUUCUGAGUGCGGGAAGACGUUUCAGACCAUCUACACCCUGACCCGUCACCAGGUGACCCACACCAGAGAGCGGCCCCACAAGUGUGAUCAAUGCGGGAAGAGGUUUCAGCUCACCUCCGCUCUCCUCGUGCACCAGCGCACGCACACAGACGAGAAGCCCUUCCGCUGCCCUGACUGCGGGAAGGGCUUCAGGCAAAAUUCCCAUCUUGUCAGGCACCAGCGCAUCCACACUGGGGAGAGGCCCCACGAGUGUGAGGAGUGUGGGAAGAGCUUUAGCCGGAGCUCCCACCUCAUCUGCCACCAGAGGACCCACACAGGCGAGAGGCCCUACAAGUGUGAGGAGUGUGGGAAGAGCUUUAGGCAGGACACCAACCUGAUCUGCCACCAGAACAUCCACACUGGGAAAAGGCCGUACAAAUGUGGAGAGUGUGGGAAGGGCUUCAGCCAGCGUGCCAACCUGAUCUCCCACCAAAAGAUCCACACUGGGGAGAGGCCCUACGAGUGUUCUGAGUGUGGGAAGAGGUUUCCCACUGUUACCGCUCUCCACAUCCACUACCGUUCACACACGGAGGAGAGGCCUUUCCACUGCUCUGACUGCGGGAAGAGCUUCAGGCACAACUCCAGCCUCAUCAUCCAUCGGCGCAUCCACACCAGGGAGAGGCCGUACAAGUGUGAGGAGUGUGGGAAGAGCUUCUCCCACGGCUCAGCCUUCACCAAACACCAACAGAGGCACCAGUAAGGGAAGCCCUGAUUUCUGAUUCCCAACCCUUGGCCCAAUGGAGGAGGCGGAGGCUGUG